UUCAGUCCUACCGCUCAACACGCAGGACAGGACACAGACAGACAGCAUGGAUAUGUCUGCCCCUCUUCUCAGCAACUAUGGUGUUGGUGUUCAGUACCACUGGAGUUAUCCCAGUUCGGACUCUGAGUUUUAUAACGUCUCCUCUCCAGAGACCUGCAUCCUCUCCCCUUCUGCCUACAUGGACUUCUCAUCCUCCUGCCUGCCUCGGGGGACCGCCACAGAACCUCACAGGUCCACACACUCUGGAGGAGCCAAGGCGUCCGCUUCCCCAUCCUCCAGUGACGAGGGAGGACACUCCGGAGGGAGGAUUAGAAAGAACCGCUCCAAGAACCCCAGCAAGCAGAGACAGAGUGCCAGCGAGAAGGAGAAGCUGAGGAUGAGAGACCUGACCAAAGCCCUCAACCACCUCAGGACCUACCUGCCCCCGUCUGUGGCUCCGGCUGGACAGACUCUGACCAAGAUCGAGACGCUGCGCCUCACCAUCGGCUACAUCUCCCACCUGUCGGCCCAGCUAGAGCUCAGCGAGGAGGCUGUGUGUCAGAGGAAGGAGCUGAACCUCCCUGUGUCAGGACACCACGUAUCGCCUCAACAAGACUCUGUGGGCCUGUGCCAGUUCAACACCUCCUCCUCAGGGUACUGCUGGGCUACGCCCACGUACCCGCUCCACAACACUGGGAUGGAGAGGCACCCACUCAGCAGUGAGAUGGACACGUGUGCUUACGACAACAGCUUCAACUCCAGUAUGGAUUCGCUGUUGGAAUCGCCAGAGUAUGCAGAGGCUGCACAGUCAUGUCAGGUAUGUACAGAUUCAAUGUACAGUAUUUAGAUGUUCAAAUAUUUUUCCAUUUAUAUGGUCAAUGACAAGUUUUAUUGCUGUUAAUUUUGUUUACUCACAAUAAUUGGUAUCACUCAUUGCAAUUUUUCAGUUUGAUGGUUUUAAGGAAAUUAGAAAAUCUGUUUGAACCAGUAAACAAAAUAUUUUUUUUCUCCUUCAGAUAUACAGAAAAGAUGUCCACUAUCAGAACAUUCCUCAAGACUUCUGGAUGUAACAGACGUCCUCAUCAAGAGAAUCUACUGUCCAGUCAUAGACGUUUACUUUGAUCUACAGAGUAUUUAUAUGUUAAUAUAACUAAUUUCUAUUAUUUCCAAAUUCUAGAUUUUACACAACGUUCAUUGUAAAUACAAAACUUUUUUUAAGUGUAUAAUAAAAUAUGAACUAAUAACUAACUAAUGUGUCUUUGGCUAUUCCUGUAUUUAAAAGUAAGAGUUUUGUAAGUAAAUUAGCAAGUUUGUAAGUAAAGAAGCAUUUUAAGUUGUAAGUAACAGUAUUGAAAUGUUAUUAAUAUAUUAAUGGAAUAUUCUGUACUUUUAAGAGAAUCUA